AGUUAUACUUUGAGAUACGCUUCGCCUUCCGUGUCGGUAACUCAAUCCUCCGUGCGCUGCGACGGAGACAUUCACAGUCGGAUGAGUAGUUUACUUUAUAGCGCCGUCGUCCUGGUUUGAUUUGCUUUCCUGUCGCUUGUUUUUCUUUUGCUUUUUUCCCCGCCUCAUAUGUUGGAAUAAAAAUGAGUUUCUACGAUUCACAAAUUAAAUUCCAUAGCUUGGAGAAAAGUCGCGGUGACAGCUCCGGCUACGCUUUCGGCCGCGGAGAGACGACCGCGGGUGAAGGAUACGGCGCGGACGUAAUGGAGAACUAUGGACCCUAUAGGACUUUAACUAAGACUGUGUCGGGAGGUCCUUCUCAGGUGAGCAUCCUUCAUCAGAGAGCCAGCAGUCUUCAAGCACAGUGUCAGGAGUACCUGCAGAAAGCAGACUUUCUUCUGCAGUCUGGUGGCGGCUCGGGCAGAUCCAAAAUGGAGAUCGAGAAAUGCAUGGGCAUGGCCAAUAACCUGAUGCAGGAGUUGCAGUUAUGUGCCAUGGAGCUGCAGAACCAGGGACAGCCCAGCGAUGUCUUCUUUCAGAGCCUGGACCAGUACCAAGAAAUGAUGCAGAGGAUCCACUAUGCUAUCGGUGGGACACUCCAACGCAGGAAGAGCCUUGUGACCCGGGAGGAUCCGAGCCGUAAUUUCCAGGAGGCCAUAGCCUGGAUUGGGCAACAGAAGCGGCUGAUUGAGACCUCGUCCUGGGGAGAUGACCCCAGUGCCAUUGAGCAGCAGAUCUUCAACCAGAACAAGUUCCACAGCUCCAUUCAGAGAAGCGCUGAGGUGGACCGUGCAAGGGAGGAGCUGUUGCAAAAGAGAGACAAAGCCAACCUGAAUAUGCUGGAGCAGGAGUGGGAGAGCUUGCAGAGGAUGUCCUGUAACCGCACCAACCAACUAAGGGAACUUCAGGCGAUCAUCGAGGAGAUUUCCAGGGAGAUCAUGUGGGUGAAUGAGCGCGAAGAAGAAGAGUUGGUGUCCGACUGGGGAGACAAGAACAUAGAUACCUACAUCCCUAAUAGACAGGAGAACUACUCAAAACUCAUGUUUGUCUUGGAAGAGAAGGAGAAGGAUCUGAACAAACUCAAGCAGAAGGUGGAUGUUCUCCUUCAGAGUGGUCACCCAGCAUCCGACAAGAUCGAGGCUUAUAUGGAAACCCUGCAGACCCAGUGGAGCUGGCUCCUUCAGAUCACUAAGUGUAUCAACGUACACCUUAAGGAGAAUGCAGCUUAUAGCCAGUUCUUCAAAGACGCCAAUGAGACCUACAGCAAGCUGCAGAACCAGCAUGAUACAAUGCGUAAGAAGUUCACGUGCAACAGGGUCAUGCCCCUGGAGACUCUUCAGGAACUGUUGAAGAACCUGGAGAGGGAAAAGGAGAGGCUGACAGAGAACAAGAGACAGGUACAGCUCCUGGUCAACAAGUCCAAAAACAUUGUGAGGUUGAAGCCACGAAAUGCAGAGGAGAAGACCAGCGGCCCGGUGAUUGUGAAGGCCCUGUGUGACUUCAAACAGGACCAGAAGGUGAUCCUUAAUGGUGAUGAGGGUAUCCUGAAGGACAACAGCCAGCGCAGCAAAUGGCAGGUGACAGGUCCAGGGGGUCUGGACAUGCUGGUCCCAUCUGUCUGCCUUCUUGUGCCUCCCCCCAACCCACUCAGCAUUGGUCUGGCCAACAAGAACGAACAGUACUAUGAAGCCAUCCUGGCCCUGUUUAACCAGCUAUUCAUCAACAUUAAGAGCCUCAUGUCCUGGCAGUUGUGCCUGAUUGAUAUUAGCCGCAUCAACUCACUGAGCAUCAGCAUGCUCGUACGGAUGCGUCCAGAGGAGUACCGUAGCAUCAUAAGAAGCCUGGAGACCAACUACCAGGAGUUCCAGCGUAACUACAUGGGCUCCGAGUUGUUCGGCGAAGAAGACAAGAGGAACAUGGACACUCAGUACAAUGGUGCCCAAGCACAUUACAACAAAUUGGUUGUGCAGCUGCCCGCAUACGGGGGUAAGGAGGUUAAGGAGGUUAAGGAGGUUAAGGAGAUUAAGGAAGUUGAGAUGGUUAAGGAGGUUAUGGAGGUUAAGAAGGUUCAACAAGUUAAGUUGGAGGCACCAGCGCCUGCAGAGUUGCGGGACAUGACAAUCCUGACGGAGCUGCACAACCUGCGGCUGAGGCUGGAGGCCUCUGAGAUGGGUCUCACCCAGUAUCUCCACGUGCCCCUGAGGGAAAACAGCGUUCAGGAGUGUUCCCAGCGCAUUGUCCAGCUGGAGACCCUAUACCGUGAUGUCGGCACUAUCAGAGAUGAAUAUCUCAGGCUGAAGGACAAGACCCUGAAGCAGCUAGAGGGCAUGACAGAUGCAGAUAAGGCCAAGUUCCUCCAGACAGAGCUGACGGCCAUCAACCAGAAACUGGGCUCCUUGGAAGGCUUCUCCACUGCCUACUUGGACAGGCUGAAGGCACUCCAGACACUGUUCCAGAGCAUGUUGCAGGCAGAGGACAUAAUCAAGGUGCAUGAGGCGCGGCUCACAGAGAAGGACACCACUUCCCAGGACCCCAAGCAAGUGGAGGACUACCUAGGUGUCCUGAAGCAAAUGAGGAUGGAGCUGGAGCAGAAGCGAGACGUGCUGAAUGCGACAGAAACCAAGCUGAACAACGUGGUUCGCUGCAACAGCCAGAUCAGCCAGUCAUUUCAUAAGUGUGACGUGGACCUGUCCAAGUAUUCUGAGCUGGUGGGACAGAUGAAUGACCGCUGGCGUCGGAUCAUGGCCCAGAUUGAUAACAGGUCACAGGACCUGGAGAAGUACCUUCAGCUCCUCCGACGCUACAUUCAGACCAGCUCCACCCUCGGCCAGUGGAUCGAUGAGACAGGGAAACGGCAGGACAGGCUGCAGGCUGCCAAAAUCGAUGACGUCAGGGUCCUAAUGGAGAACCUGAACCAGCAGAAGGCGCUGAACUCAGAGAUUAAAGGGAAGCGAACAACCGUAGAAGACGUUCAACGAGAUGCAGACACUUGUGUUGUCUCCAUUAAGGAUUAUGAGCGACAGCUGGCCGCAUAUGGAGCAGGCCUAGAAACCCUGCUGAACAUCCCUGUUCGGCAAACUCUGCUCCAGUCCCCUGCCACAGGCAUCUCUCUGGAGAUGGGAAACCUGCAGUCCCGAUACAUUGAGCUUCUCACUCGAUCAAGUGACUACUACAAGUUCUUGGGAGAAAUGCUAAAGAACUUGGAAGAACUGAAGAUCAGAAACACCCGCAUCGACCUUUUAGAAGAAGAGUUGAAACUUUUGAAAGGGGACAUCGAGAAUCGAAAUCGCAAGAACAAGUCUCUUGAAGAUGCUCUAGCUAGAUAUGAGCGGGAGCUUACCCAGUCCAAGGACCAGUUGACUGUUUUGGAGAAGGUAAAACAAUCUCAGGAUCUGGAGAAAAGUGCCACCAAACAGGACCUCAACAACUCUUUCAACCAGGUGAAAGAUUUGAAUGAGCAGAUGAUCCAACUGAAAUCCCAGAUGGAGGAAGAGAAGAGGAAGAGAAUGUUGGCUGAGGAGACAUAUUCUAAACAGCAGGAGGAGUAUGAGCAAAUUGUGCGUAAGAGACAGAAAGAAUUGGAAGAAGUCAACUGGAUGAAGAUUGACAUUGAGAAAACUAUCAAGGACAAAGAAAGAGAGAUUGAGAGGUUGAAUAGGCAGCUGGAGGAUGAGAUGGCAAGGCAGCGGGAGUUUCAGUCUGAGCUCUCAAAGGUAAGAGACCAACAUAAACAGGACAUAAAUAAUAUAAAGACAUCCUAUGAGUCUCAAAUACAGGUCACUAAGGUUAACCUCCAAAGUCUUGAGAAGGCAAAGGAUGAAGAUUUCACAGGACUGCACAUGCAACAUGAAAGACUUCAAAGUGAGAAGGGUAUUUUGGAAGAAGAGAAUAGGAGACUGAAAGUCUUGAUAAGAGAGACAGAUGAGUUGAGGAAAAAGGCAGAGGAAGAGGCUCAUCAGCAAAAGUCUUCCUGGACAGAGGAGUGUAGGAGAAGAAAGGAGCUGGAGAUGCAGAUACAGACUAUUAUCCAACAGAGAAAUGAAGAUGAUGCCAGGUACAAAAAAAUGAUGGCAGAAACCACCACAGCACUCCAGGACAAAAACAGGCAGGUAACAUUGCUGACACAGAAUGUUGAGGAAGAAUUAAGGAAGAAAAGAUCCAUGGAGGCAGAAAAUGCCAGGCUGAACCAAGCUCUAACUGAACUUCAGGCAAAGCUUGCUGCCUCUGCUGAAGUCAUCAGCAAGUUGAAAGCAACAGAACAAGAUCUCAUCCAGGUCACACGUGAACAGGAAAGGCUUACAGGUGAAAAGGGCAAGUUGGAGCUGCACUCAGUUGACCUACAGUCCAGAAUCAAUGAUUUUAAGCAGGUAGUAGAUCGAUUAGAGAAUGAACUUGAAAAGCAGAGGAAGGAGACACAGGAUGAGGCUACUGGGAGGAAGAGGCUGGAGGCAGAGUUGGACAGGCUGACACAGUCCUGCAGAGAAUACACAAGCACCAUUACUGCGCUUAGGCGGCAACAGGAGGAAACCACCAAUGCAGACAGAAGAAAGGACCAGGAGCUACAGAGGCUUCAAGAUACCCUGGACCAGAGCAUGAGGGAACAGAAGUCUACCAUGGAGAAGACUGACAGCCUGUCUGCUGAGUUGAAGGCUCUUCAACAACAGCUCCGGCAGGAACAAGCCCGAAUCAAGGAGGCAAACCUCCGUAAUGAGACUCUGUACAGGACCAUCGAGGAGAAGAGCAGGGUGCUGAAUGACAAUACUACUGAGAUUGAGAAGCUGCAGACACUUACUCAAAAUCUAACAAAAGAACGUUUGAGGCUAGAAGAGGAGCUGAGGAACCUGAAGAUGGAGAGAGAUGAACUGAUGACAAAAGAAAGCAGCGAAGAGGUUCUUGCUCAGAUAGCAUCUCUACAGGCCCAACUUCAAUCAAGUGGCAAAAGCAUUGUGGAGCUUAAGACACUUAUUGACAACUUAACUAAGGAAAAGGCAAUGUUGAAAAUGGAAAUGGAAAAGGUCCAAAAACAAGCCAUCGAGAAAUCUCGUGUUUUUAAUGACUCCCAGACUCAGAACAAUGACUUGCUAAGAGAAAAAGAAAACCUGGUUGCCAAGAUAAAAAUGCUGGAACAGGAUAAAAGCAAAGUGCAGAGAUAUGAUGAUGAGAUGAACCGCAUGAAAGCCACACUAGAAUCUGAACAGAGAGAGAAGCAACGUCUCCUUGAUGAAAAAUCUCAGAUCAGCAGAGACUUUAAUUACUGGAAGACCCAGUAUGAGCUGAAGGAUGAUCAAGUCAGAAAGUGUAAUGCUGAGAAAGAUAGCAUUGAAAGAGAGAGGAAUUCCCUGAAGAUUGAGAUUGAAAGGCUUAUGUCUGAACUAAAGGCUCUGGAUGAAAGGUACAAGCUCAGGCUAAGUUCCACAGAGAAAGAAGUAACAAAGGAAACCCUGGAAAAGGAACUUUGGAGUCUUAAGCAAGAGAAGACUGUAGACCCCUCCAUGCUUGUUUUUGAUGGCAUUCGUAAAAACGUUACAGCCUACCAACUCUGUGACUGUGGAGUAAUCGACAAUGCCACACUUAACCAGCUGAUCAACGGCAAGAAGACCAUCCAAGAUGUGGCUGUUGAUAUCCAGGUCAACUUGAAAGGCACUGGGAUCAUUGCAGGGAUCACUGGAGGUCCCCAAGGCAAAAUGUCAAUCACAGAGGCUAAGAAUAAAAACCUUCUUACACCACAAAGUGCCACCAUGCUCCUUGAAGCUCAAGCUGCCACAGGCUACAUCAUUGAUCCUAAACAAAAUGAGAAGAUGACUGUUGAUAUGGCUUAUGCUAAGGGCCUUGUGGAUGCAAAAGACAGGGACAAAUUGAUUACAGCUGAAGCUGCCAGCACUGGCUUCAAGGACCCUCUUACUGGCAAGUUGCUGUCUGUGGGACAAGCUAUGAGGAAGGGGCAAAUUGACAGAGAAUCUACACUCCGUCUUUUGCAAGCACAAGAAGCCGUGGGCGGCAUCCUAGACCCAGUCCUGAGCGUGUUUUUACCAAAGGAUGUCGCUCUGGACCGUGGCUUAAUAGAUGAUGAUCUUUACAGGGCUUUGAAUAUGAGGCCAGAAUGCUAUAUUGAUCCGGCUAACCAGCAGAAACGGUGCUACGUUGAUCUAAAGAUGAAAAGUAAACCUGAAGUUGGCACUGGCCUCCUCCUCCUUAGCGAUAUAGAUAAACCCCUAGAAGUGCCAGGUCUACGGAAACAGGUUCCAGUUCUUCAGCUUGUUAAUGCUAACCUGCUUACAACUUCUGAUGUGGAUGGACUGAAGCAAGGUAAAAUAACAAAGGAGGAUGUCAUGCACAGACUCAGGUCAUACCUGCGUGGCUCCAGCUGCAUUGCAGGGAUUUAUGACAAUGCCAAUCAAAGGCCCUUGUCAUUCUAUCAGGCCAUGAAGGAAGGCCUCCUCAAGCCUGGCACCACUUUGGAGCUUCUGGAGGCUCAGGCUGCCUCUGGCUUUUUGAUUGAUCCUGUUAAUAAUCUGUACCUGACAGUAGAGGAGGCAUUGCAAAAAGGUCUGGUUGGCAUAGAGUUCAAGGACAACCUCCUUUCUGCAGAGAGAGCCGUCACAGGAUAUAAAAAUCCUCGUACAGAUGAAACAAUCUCCCUGUUCCAAGCUAUUGAGAAGGGCCUGAUACAGAAAGGUCAUGGAAUCAGGUUGCUGCAAGCUCAGAUCGCAAGUGGUGGCAUAAUAGAUCCCACCUAUAGUCAUCGCAUUGAUGUGGAUGUUGCGUACAGGCAGGGAUAUUUGGACAGAGCGAUGAAUGAUAUCCUUUCCAGAGAAAGUGAUGAGACAAAGGGCUUCUUCGAUCCAAACACUGAAGAAAAUCUGACCUACCGGCAGCUAAAGCAGAGGUGCAUCCCUGACACAAAAACAGGGCUUCUCCUGCUUUCCUUGAAGGAUCAGAGGCCUACUCAGCAGCUUCGUAAGCGCCGGGUAGUGAUUGUAGACCCUGACACAAAGGUCGAAAUGACUGUGCGCGAAGCUUAUGAGAAGGAGUUCAUCGACUAUGAAACCUAUCUUGAGUUGUCAAGCCAGGAAUGUGAGUGGGAGGAAAUGACCUUCCCGGGACCUGAUGGUUCUACUCGACUCAUUAUCACUGACAAGAAAACAGGUGUGCGGUAUGACAUUCAGGAAUGUCUUAGCAAAGGAAUCCUUGACCAGGCCACUGUAGACAAAUAUCGAGCAGGGAAACUGACUCUCAAAGAGUUUGCUGACAAGCUAACUAGAAAGGCUGGUCUUGGACUGUUGUCAGAUUCCAUUAGUAGUGUUCCAGGAAGUAUUACAAAGAGUACCCAAUCACAGAUUACAUCAGUAUCAUCAACUACAUCUAAACAUGUUUCCAGUCUCUCUAUGACACUUUCUAAGUCCGCUGAUGGUAUGACUGAGCAAUCUCCUAUUGGGGCCAUAUUUGAUUCUGGAACACUUGAAAAGUUGAGCAUCAGUGAUGCACAGCGACGUGGAAUGGUCGACUCGAUCACUGCUCAGCGUCUGCUGGAGGCUCAAGCCUGUACUGGAGGCAUCGUUAAUCCCACAACUGGGAGAAGGCUUUUACUGCAAGAUGCCGUCUACCAAGGCUUUAUCGAUGAAGACAUGGCUACUAGGUUGAAGCCAGCUCAAAAAGCUUAUGCUGGGUUUGAGGAUGUGAAGACCAAAAGAAUGAUGUCAGUAGCAGAGGCAAUGAAGGAGAAGUGGCUGCCCUAUGAUGCAGGGCAGAGGUUCAUUGAGUACCAGUAUGUUACUGGUGGCUUGGUGGACCCUCAGCUCAGUCAGAGGAUAAGUCUGGAAGAUGCCAUCCAGAAAGGCUGGGUGGAUGCAAGAGAGGCGCAGAAGCUUCGAGACAUCAAGCAGCACACAAAGAACCUGACAUGCCCCAACACUACACUGAAGAUUUCCUACAAAGAAGCCUUGGACAACAGUCUCGUGGAGGAGAACAGUGGAGUGAUGAUGCUCCAGGCUUCUUCUAUGUCCAGCAAAGGGCUCAGCAGCUCCUACAAUGUGUCCUCUGCCCCAGUAUCACAAAGUGGCUCCCAUUCAGAUUCCUGGGAUGGUUCCAGCAGGGGCAGUGUGGACCGCACCUCAACAUUCAGAUACAGUUAUACUUACAGCUCCAACACUCUUUCUUAAUAUCUUAUAGCAUGCAAUAUAAAUUUCAAAUUAACACAAGUAAUACAGCAUACAGAUUUUUUUAUUUUAGAAAAAUAACACUGACACACUAAAUAGGGCAGUGGGAGAUAUGGAAAAAGGUGUUGGUUUAGGUGUAGACAAGAAAUAUUUACUACUGCUGCGAAAAAAAUAAUCUUUACUUCUCUUUUUAAAGUACUUCCGAUGCUUAUGCUUGGUACAGUAGAAUACUCCAUAUUGCUUUUAAGUGCUUUGUCCCUGAUAAAGGAAGAGGGUGAUUAAAGGAAUUGUGCUGCAUAUCUGCAGCUUCUUUUGGUUGCAUUGGAGAAAUUUCACAUUUUUAUGCACUACAUGUAUCAUUUAUUAUUUGCAUUAAAAGUACAGUGCUUCUGUCAUUUGA